AGAGGACCUAUAGCUGACUACUCGUAUAGCUUGAUGUAGCUUAAAAAAACAAAGCUAUAUCUCACUCACCCUCAACCUCAAGUUCCCCUUUUUGCCACGUCCCUGUUGGACUCAACCCCAUGGCGUGCCCCUAACUCGCUUCACCUUCCCCAACCACGCCAUCCAGACCUGGCCACUUCAUCGACCCUCUUUUCUCUCAUCAGCCGCCCUAUAAAUGUAUCAGGGAAAAGGCUGAUCUGCACUAGGAGCGUCAGACUGGUCUCCACUCCCACCCCGACCUCUACGAAAGUCGAUAGAUUUUGUUGAUUACCCCAUAUCCCCAGACAAUCACUCCCUCACGGGUCCCUCAACGAAUAAAAGCCGCCUCGUCCCCUGCUUCCCCUCCCCUUUCCUUGCCAUUAAUUAAUUCCUGGACCGAUUGACUCGAUUUUCACCAUGGCUUUUCGACAGCGCAUCGCGAAACCACUUCUGUACACGACGGGGGCGAUCACAGUGGGAGGAACCUUCCUCUACCUCUCGUAUCGGCCGAGGAAUAUUCCUGGCUCCGAUCCGGCGGUGGUGAAGCCUCCGGGGUAUGGAGAGGGAGGCACCUUUCGUCCGCCACGCUUCCCGAAGGUUAGAAGUCGGGAGGAGCAGAUUGCAGAGUUGAAGAGGAGUGGUGCCAAAGGGUCGGGAUCAAUUACACGGAUACUGGGUGGGAAGGACACACGGGAUGAUGGGGAGAUAUAUGACUUGCUGGUGGUUGGUGCCGGAGCCACAGGGACGGGAGUAGCACUGGAUGCUGCGACGAGAGGGUUGAAGGUUGCCGUGGUGGAGAGGGAUGAUUUCAGCAGUGGGACGAGUAGUAAGAGUACGAAACUGGUGCAUGGUGGAGUCAGGUAUCUGGAAAAGGCGUUUUGGGAAUUGGAUUACAAUCAAUACGCAUUGGUCAAGGAAGCUCUGAGGGAACGGAAAUACUUUUUGGAAACAGCGCCCCAUCUUUCCUCUUGGUUACCGAUCAUGCUGCCAUUGGAUAAGUGGUGGAAGGCUCCUUAUUUUUGGUGCGGCACUAAAGCUUAUGAUCUUUUGGCAGGUGCCGAAGGAAUUGAGAGCUCGUACUUUUUGACCAAGAGCAAGGCUUUGGAGGCUUUUCCUAUGUUGAAAAAGACGAAUUUGGUGGGGGCUUUGGUUUAUUAUGAUGGAGCCCAUAACGAUUCCAGGAUGAAUGUCUCUUUGGCUAUGACUGCCGCACUUUACGGCAGUACAGUCGUCAACCACAUGGAGGUCACAGGAUUGGAAAAGGAUGCGGAUGGUAAACUAUGCGGAGCUCGAGUUAAGGAUUUGAUCAAGGAAAAGAAUGGACAGCGUGCUGAUGAAUUUCUCAUUCGUGCCAAAGGGAUAAUCAACGCCACUGGGCCAUUUACGGAUGGUGUCCGAAAAAUGGAUGACGGGGAAGUCAAGGAAAUCGUGGCGCCAAGUUCUGGAGUUCAUGUCGUUCUUCCAGGUUACUACAGUCCUCAAAAUAUGGGUCUCAUUGACCCAAAAACCUCAGAUGGGCGAGUGAUUUUCUUCCUUCCAUGGCAAGGAAACACCAUUGCAGGUACUACCGAUGCACCAACCAAAAUCUCUCACAACCCCAUUGCAGGCGAGGAAGAAAUCGACUGGAUUCUCUCCGAAAUUAGACGAUACCUGGCACCUGAUAUUAACGUCCGACGAGGCGAUGUCCUCGCAGCUUGGUCUGGAAUUCGUCCUCUAGUCAAGGACCCCAACGCCAAGAAUACCGAAUCUCUCGUCCGAAACCAUCUCAUCAACAUUUCCCCCUCAGGUCUUCUAACCUGUGCAGGUGGAAAAUGGACUACCUACCGUCAAAUGGCGGAAGAGUGUGUCGAUGAAGCAAUCAGCCACUUCAAGCUCCAACCUAAACCCGUCCUCAAUGCCCCUCACGUAAGCGGUACAGAAGCCAUCGAUGACGGCGCUCAUCUCAAUGGCUCUUGCCAGACUCACCAGGUAAAAUUAGUCGGUGCUCACGGUUACUCCAAGACCCUCUUCAUCAACCUGAUUCAACAUUUCGGUAUUGAAACUGAUGUCGCCAAACAUCUCACUGAAUCUUACGGUGAUAGAGCGUGGACAGUUGCUGCUUUGAGUGCUCCUACCGAACAGCGAUUCCCCGUCAGAGGCGAGAGAAUCAGUCCACUUUACCCAUUCAUUGACGGUGAGGUGAGAUACGCUGUUCGACAUGAGUAUGCUCAAACAGCAGUAGAUGUCAUUGCCCGACGCACACGCUUGAGUUUCCUGAACGCACAGGCGGCUUUAGAAGCCCUACCAAAGGUCAUCGACAUCAUGGCCGGCGAGCUAAAAUGGGAUAACAGAAGGAAGGACGUUGAAUGGAGAGAUUGUAAGUUUUGAUUCGCCCCCUCCCCCUUUCCUUUCCCUAGAAACUUGAGAAGUCGACUAACCCAUCCUCAGCCGUCCAAUUCCUGGAGUCCAUGGGCCUCCCGAAAUCCAAGUUAACUGCCACGCGGAAGGAGGUCGAGAGUGGCAAGUUGAGUUUCAAGGACUCCAUUGAGUAUAAGAUGUACUCGAGACAUGACCAACCGAAUGAUGAGAUGGAGAGUGAUGCGAAGAGGGGUGUUGGGUUGCAGAAGGGGAGUGCGGCGGAGAAGUGA